UUCUCAGAAGACGAAAUUAGGUUAAUUUUAAAAGCCGCUAGCAAUUGAGGUUAGCAUCCAUAACAUUGGCACUCAGAGUAAAUAGUAAAUAAUAUUUACUCUGAGCUGUUUUUUCGGUGGACAAAAACAGAAAAAUGAACACUGAAAAGAUCGAGGAGUUUCAGCGCUACUUCAAAUGCCACAGCAAAUCCAAAGAAUACAUGGGGCACAGCUCCAAAGUGCAUUCGGUGGGCUGGAGCUGUGAUGGUAAGCGGCUGGCGUCGGGCUCUUUCGAUAAAUGCGUGUGCAUUUACACUCUCGACCGCGACCGACUGAACAAGGAGAUCACAUUCAAGGGACAUGGGGGUUCAGUGGAUCAGUUGUGCUGGCACCAGACUAAUCCAGACCUGCUAAGCACAGCCAGUGGCGAUAAAUCAGUCAGAAUUUGGGACACCCGUGUUCAGAAAUGUGUGGCCACCAUCAACACCAAGGGGGAAAACAUUAAUAUUACCUGGUCACCUAAUGGUAACGCGAUUGCAGUUGGCAACAAAGAAGACUUGGUCACUUUCAUCGACGCCAGGACGCACAAGAUCGAGGCAGAGGAACAGUUCCAUUUUGAGGUGAACGAGAUUAGCUGGAAUAAUACCAGCGACCUAUUUUUUCUGACGAAUGGUCAGGGUUGCAUACACAUUUUGAGUUAUCCCGACUUGAAGAGGCAGCAUAUCCUGAAAGCGCACCCAGGCACGUGUAUUUGCAUUGAAUUUGACCCAACGGGGAAGUAUUUUGCCACUGGAAGCGCUGACGCCCUCGUUUCUCUAUGGGAUAUCAAUGAGCUGGCUUGCAAAAGGGUUUUUACCAGAAUGGAUUGGCCAGUGAGAACCAUCUCAUUCAGUUACGACGGCCAGUUGCUGGCCUCAGCUUCAGAGGAUUUGCUGAUUGAUAUCGGUUUUGUAGAGACAGGGGACAAAAUCGCCGAUAUCAGCGUGGAAGCAGCCACAUUUACCGUCGCUUGGCAUCCCUCUCAGUAUUUACUUGCGUAUGCUUGCGACGACAAAGACACUUAUGAUAGGAAACGAGACGCGGGGAGUCUCAAAGUAUGGGGAUUUCCUUCAGACUAACUUGAUUUUUCUACUUCAAUAAACAGUUAAGGAAAUUA